AUGGCGAAACCUUUUAGUUCUCGGAUAUUUGACAUAAUUCAAACUACAAUUACUGGUAAAACUGAUAAUAAUUCACCAUUAGAAGAUAUUGAAGAUAUUGAUCCAUGUAGUGGUUGUUCAGAUCCUUGUUCAACUCAUCCAACUUACCCUCCUUCUCUAACCUUAAGAAUUAAUACUAGUUUAACCCUUCAAGGAACAGUAAAACCUUAUUACAAACACGUGCUUAUAUCUACCGGUAAAUCUGAUUGGAAAUCUCAUAUUGAAGAUGAAGAAGGAAGUUUUGCAGCUCAAUUACAAAAAGCUAUUAAAGAUGAAUCAAGUUUAAAGAAACCAAAAAUUCUUAUAUGCAAUAGUAGCAGAAAAAAUGAUAAUAAUGAUCCCUCAUUCUCGGAAGGAAACGAUAUUUUACUUUUUUCGGAUAAUAUUCUUGUUCGUCGUGUUCCACCAAAUCAUGCAGUAGAAUUUUAUGAUCAAUUUUUACGUGGUCAAAAAACCGAUGAAAAUGAUACAUUAUCAACGUCACAGCCUCAUGUGACAUUUAAAGUAGAACCAAUGCCAUAUAAGGCCGUGGUUUUGAUUUGUUCACAUAUGCAUCGAGAUAAAAGAUGCGGUGUGACAGCUCCUCUUUUGAAAGAUGAAUUUGAUAAGAUAUUAAAGGAUAAAGGGUUGGAUGUAGAGAGUUGUGCUGAUGGUAUAGCAGUUUACAUGACAAGUCAUAUAGGAGGACAUAAAUUUGCUGGAAACGUUAUUGUUUAUCGGGAAAAGCAGGGAAUAUGGUAUGGGCGGGUAACUCCUUGUCAUGUGAAAUCAAUAAUUGAAAAUACUGUGAUUGAAGGAAAAAUUAUUAAAAAAUUGUAUAGGGGCUCGAUUAUGAAUGAUUAUGUACAAGAUGAAAGCGAAAUUGAACUAAAAUAA